UUAGCGUACGGUUGUGCGGUGUUGUGGAUUUAGAAAGUUAAUCUGAGAGUGAUUUGUGGAUUGAUUAAAAGUGAUUUGAGUACUGAAGACUCUUUUAAAAUUAAAUAAGAACUGCAGAUAUAGACAACUCUAAAAACCAAAGCAAUAUCGGUUAUCUAAAAGAAUAUGUCGCGAAAUCAAUUGCCCGAUUCAUCGUCCUCGCCGCCAAUAAGCCACCUCUCAUUUCAUAACUUCGACGAUGACAUGAUCAACGAUUUGCCGUCGUGCGUUUAUGCUGGUGCAGCACAUCACGUGAGCGCCGCAGCGGGUGGCCUUGUUGGUGGCGGCGGUAAUCUGCGGAUGAGUACAAGCAAUUUGCGUCAGAUGCAACAACAAUACUUACAUCAUGCGGAAAAUCUGCUGGAUUCAUCAACAGGCAUGUCACUUGCCUCGGCCAGCUCUUCCACCGGCUGUGGUGGUGGUGGUGGCGGUGGCGGUGCCGGCGGUAAUGCAGCCUUGCUCUGCAAUAGUCCUAAUGCGAGCAGCAGCAGCGUCGGUUAUGGUAAUGCCCCGGCAACAAAUGCAACGACAGCGACAACACCGUACAAGCUGCAACGGCAACAGGCGAACGUACGCGAGAGGAAACGCAUCCAGAGGUCGGCACCAACUGGUAGCAUCAAUUCGGCUUUCGAUGAGCUGCGCGUUCACGUGCCCACCUUUCCGUACGAGAAGCGAUUAAGUAAAAUCGACACUUUACGUUUGGCCAUCGCUUAUAUUUCACUGCUGCGCGAAGUCCUACAGACCGACUACGAUCCGUUGACCUAUGUGGAAAAAUGCUUGCGCGGUGAGAUUAAGGCCGAUCGCGCCAAUUGGAAUACUAGUGAUCUCACAGCGCGCCUAUCGUGGAUCAACUGGGAAAAUUUGGGCGUACAUCCGGGACGUCGUACCCUACUCACCACACUUGCAUUAUCUUCGGAGCCAAUGUGCGGAGCGCACUGUGGGCCAUAAAUAAAUAUUCCAAUUCCAAA